CUCCGUGCCUUCGUGAAACACGCAUAACAUGUCGCGACCCAUGGAUGAGGAGGAGCCCAGUCUGCUCUUGAUAAUUCUGGACGCAUCCUCUGCCUUCUGGACAAAGCGAGAAGCUGUCCGGCGAAGACAGAAGGAGCGACCGGAGUCAGGCGAGGUGAAGCUGUCGUCCUUCCAAGACACGGUCGAGGCUACUCUCAUGUUCGUUGAGAGCUACCUCAUGAUGCACCGACGAAACGAGGUGUGCUUCGUCGCCUGCACCGCACGGGAAAGCACCAUCAUCUUCCCUACCCCCGCCAUGGAGCGGGAACAGCGAACGCUUGGCAGGGGUUCCGUGAGCACCAAGGAGUUCCAAGACUGCCUGUGGGACGGGCUAGGCCGAGUAGUUGAGAGGGGCCACGCGGCAGACGAGGCGGGUGGAGGAGACGAGGGGUGCGCUCUGGCGGGAAGCCUGUCGAAGGGCCUGUGCUACAUUAACCGAAAAAUGCGCGAGUCCUCGUCGAUCCAGGCGCGGGCUUUGGUCCUGUCGGGAUCACCGGACGUUCCGGAGACGUACAACUCGGUCAUGAACGCGAUCUUCUCGGCGCAGAAGGCCGGGGUCCUCGUGGACUGCGCCGUACUAGGAGAAUCGUCCACGUUCCUUCAGCAAGCGGCCUACCUCACGGGUAAGGGGGCGCGAAAAACAACAGGCACAGGCAUGUAGCGCUUGACAUGUUCAAGGGGUAGGUUCGCUUGAAAAUCGGGGCUUGGCCGCUCAUCUCUCACAGAUCUGUGACCACCUUGUUUUUCUGAUACCGAGAGUUUCAAUCCAUCUUUCGUAGAGGCCAUUUCCGGGUGGAAAUUUCUCCUGUUUGUGUCGUACUUGUUCUCGAGAGCGUUUGGACUGCUCCGGAUCUGCGAACGUUAUUAUUUUUGCGCUGGCGUCGAAUGACUUGGAAAUCAUUUUCACAGUGCCCGGCGGACCCUUCAAUGGUUAGAGGCCAGAAGCUAUCGAUAAGUUUCCGUGAUUUGUGCAUAUACGAUAAGAUAUGGAGUAAUGAUGACGACAACACGCCGGCUGACCGCGUAGAAACAUGAUACCCCUCCAUCCCAGUGCGUUGGGACCUGUGCGAGGCCCCUCCGUUGACGGGUGUGCGGAUGUUCUUAUGGAUACAUGAACCCUCUUCUUCCCCCGAUUGCCGCGCAAUGGACGGUUUUGAACGCUGCCAUUGUUCCAUUUUUCAUGUCUUACCAGGUGGGCUGUACCUGGAACACCAAGGAGUGGGCCUCGCGCAGUAUAUGUUUGCCACCUUCUUACCGAGUCAGAGCUGCCGCAAAUAUCUCAAGCUUCGCACGCAGCAGAGCGUAGACUUCAGGGCGGCGUGCUUCUGCCACAAGCGCGUCGUAGACAUCGCUUACGUGUGCUCGGUGUGCCUGUCUGUGUUUUGUGAGUUCUCGCCAGUGUGCACGACAUGUGGCACGCGGGCUUGGCCGAAGAAGAUCAAGCGGGGCAGGCACAAGGCUCUUGCAGGGACGACUGUUGCCAAUGGUCGUUCAUGA